UCCUGUUUUGGCGUCGAGCCGUUGACGAUGUUUCGAUUUCGGGCAGGGAAUCCCGAAUAAAACGUGACUUACUCGAAGAUCCAAAAUCCGUUGUGAUUUCGAGUCUCGAGGCACAAUGAGCAACCUGGCUAUAGUAGUCGGGGAUGCAGCGGCGACCAAACAAGACCGACCUUAUAUUGUUGCCUUUAACAACUAAGUUUCACGUCACUGUAGCCGUACGAGCUACUCUGCUAGACGACGUCUAAAUUAGCGACUGAUACGAGCAGAAGAAGAGUGUUCUUUGGAGACGAUGAGUGAGCAAAAGGCUGAGGCGGAAACCAAGGCGGAAGAUGCUGCUGUGGUUGGAGUUGGAACCCAAGCGAUGGUGCCAUCAACGUCUUCCACAGUUUCCACAUCAUCCUUUGAGAAUUUUUUGAGGAAUACUCUGUUUGAUUUGCACGCCCGUUCCGAAGUAGAAUCGACCGUCAAGGAUCUCGUGACCGAUGUCGAAUUCGCGGUCAAGUUGCAGGAUCAGUUGAGCAUUCGGACACACCAGAGCCAAGCAGAACGGAUCAUUGCAGAACAGGAAUUGGCUCUCAAAGAGACUCAUGUCGUGCAGAAAGAUCGACUCGAUUCUCAGACUCUAUUGGCAGAUGCCAUGGUGAUUGACUUGUGGACGUUGAGCAAGGAGCUAGGGAGUCUUUUGGAAUUGAAACAAAAGCACGAAACCAUGAUCUUCGAAUACGACGAAUUAGUCGCCAAAUUGGCACAGGCAGAAGAAGAUCUCCAUGCAGCACGGAACGCCAAAGCGCAACAACCAGCUCAGCAGCAACAACAGCAGCAGUCACAACAACAACCUACGGCGACAGCACCCACGACACAGCCAACUCCCACUGUCGUGGCUGUCCCACCAGAGAAACCCGCGGAUUCGCCCUCGGAUGCAACGACAAAGACAGAAUCAUCCGAAAAGACGCCCCCACCCGCUGCUGCUGCUCCAGUUCCUGCCGCUUCUGUUGCUACUGCUGAUACUAGUAGUGCCCUGUCCACAGAACCCGCCCAGGCUGCAACCGCCCCUGCAGAACCAAAAGAACCACCCAAACAAGCGGAAGAACCCAAAAAGCCACAGAGCCCGGCCCCUGCUCCAGUAGUGGCACUGGUAGAAGAUGAUCAAAACAACGGUGGACCACCGGUUACACUAGAAACCAUCGACAUGGAAAUCUUGAUGAGGAUCUUUGGCUUUCUGGACGCGUAUGAUAUUCUCAACACCGCCCAAGUCAACAUUAGCAUGUAUUCGCGUGUCGAUUCGCUCUUUGGCUUUGGAAUGGAUGCGCACAUGCAACAAGAUGACAAUGUCAGCACCACUUCCACCUUGGCUACCACUCCCACGGUAGCAGCAGCGACGUCCACCCCGACAACCGCAUCCGUGUCCACGGCAGCAUCGAAAAAGGCCCCGCCACCGGCUGCCAAAGCCCCACCUCCAGCCGCCGCCAAACCAACCGAACCACAAUUUGGACAGCGUCUGGUGGGCGGUGGGCGCAACAUUCUGAACCUCCUACAAGGAGGCCGUGGUGGGGAUGCCAAUAAUGAAACUGCCGGCAAACGAAAUCAAAGCCCCAAGCGGCGGGGUGGUGCCGGGGCCGGAGGAAGAAGUGCUGGUGAUGCCAAUGACAGCAAGCCUCCUCUAAGCGAGGCAAUGGCGCACUCCAUGGCGGCCAAAUUGAAUGACGCGGAAAUCAAUGCCAUCAUAUCCAUGACGGAAAAGUUGCGUUCCAAAGAAAAACAGGUCGCGUUGCUAAUCAAGGAAAAGGAAGAGCUGGAAGGAAAGCUGAGCGGUUCGGAAGCUGUCAAAGAAUUCCUCAUCACCAAAGUCAGAGAUAUGGAGAAGAUUGUCAACAAGAACGAUGAGACGGAGAAAAAAGUCACGCAACAAAUUGCCAGCGAUCAGGAAGUCAUUGCAUUCUUGGACGGCCGCGUGCAAGAGUUGGAACGUAGCACUCGUGUCAUUCAAAAGGAUAAGAACGCAAUACAAGACAAGCUCAAGGCGGUUGCCUCUCAGAACGAUAAGAAGGUUGCAGUUCUCAGCGACAUGCUGCAAUUCGAACGACAAAAGCUGAAAGAGAAUGAACGAGAAUGGAAAGCGACAAAGAAACUGCUAGUAAAGGAGGUGAAAGGGUGUCGGGCACAAAUUGUGGCGCUGCAAGCAGAGCGGGAUGGAUUCAGGGAGCAAAAUGAUGCGCUAAGAAAAGCCGUGAUGGCAGGUGGCUCUUCCAACGGAGGAAGGUCAUCGAGUCCGCAUCGAUAAGAAUUGCUGGCGCAGGAAUUUUGCUGUUCAAGCCACAAUACUGUUGUAAACCUUACAGCUGUUACUUAGCAUGACACUUCGAGCAAUCGAUUUUAAAAGUUUAUUCUAGUUUCUUCGUGCUGCUC